AUGAUAGCAAAGAAUUUGACGAUAAAAGAUCGCUAUAACAUCAGAGGUAUUAAAUUUGAUGAUGCUUUAGACUUUAAACCAAAGAAAAAAACAACCUUGAAGGAUCUUCUAAGUAUUAAGGAAGAGAAACCAUCUCCAUGCAACAUUGUGAAAUAUGGAUUGAAAAGCGAAGUUUCAGCAAAGACUAUGGAGAAAGAUAACACUCUUAUUUUCAUAUGUGAUGUUACAGCAACGAAACCAAUGAUAAAAACUGCAAUUGAGGAGCUUUAUGGUGCAAAAGUUAUGAAAAUCAACACUUUAAAUAUUUUCAAGAAGUAUGCAAAGAAGGCCUUUGUGAAAUUUGCAAAAGAAGGUGAAGCAGUCGAGGUUGCUACUAAAGCAGGAAUUCUAUAA